CUUGCUCUCUUCCUCGCAGCAACAACAACAGUGAGGCGGACAACAGUAGCAUCAGCAACCGUAACCCACUCCGGUCAACCGCCAGUCUCCCCUAUCUGACAGCAACCACCUCACCGUCAUCGCCACCCUAACACCGCCCAGCCCCGCCCGCCCGCCGGCCGGCUGGCUCCCAGUGGCUGUGAGAGCAUGCUCGAGCAGAGGAGCGGCGAAUGACGGCGAGUUAUGAGCCAGCAAUAGCUUCCAGUUCUACUACCGCGGAGCAAGUGAAUAGGGCGGCAAGGGGCAGGGCAGGACCGCCGAGCCAUGUUGCAGUGAGUUGUAAGCUGUUCCUGAGUAGGGGAGGCGGAGAGCGAAGAAGGAGUUUGCCACACAUCCCGCCGGGGUGCCGGCGCCAUGGGCAACGCGGCCACCAAGUUCCGGAAGGCGCUGGUGGGUGGCGACGAGGCGCUGGCCUGGCAGCUGUACGAGGGCAACCCGCAGUUCCGUGACGGCCUGGACCCCAACGCCUCAUACGGCGAGCAGUACCAGCACAACACGCCACUGCACUAUGCGUGCCGUCACUCCAUGACGCGGCUGCUCAGGUCCUUUUUAUUCAGCAAGGAGGGCAACCCCAACAAGCGAAAUGUGCGCAACGAGACGUGCCUCCACGUGCUGUGCCAGGGCCCGCUCAUCCUGCUGUUGCCCGAGGGGGCCCUGUCGCCACGCCUGGUCCGCCCUCAGCGGGACGAGCAGCGGCGGGCCGACUGCUUGCAGAUGAUCCUGAGCUGGACGGGGGCUCGGCUUGAGGGAGGCCAGUAUGAGAAGGCCAACGUCAACGCCACUGACAACCGGCACAGCACCUGCCUCCACUACGCCGCCGCAUCAGGCAUGAAGAGCUGCGUGGAGUUGCUCAUCCGGAGUGAGGCUGACCUGUUCAUCGAGGACGACGACAAGCUGACGCCGUGCGACCACGCCGAGCGCCACCACCACACCGAGCUGGCUCUCAGCCUGGAGUCGCAGAUGGUCUUUUCCUCGUCGCCGCUAGCGAAGCGCUCUGACGCAGACGCGCGCGGCCAAGUCAAGCUGCUGCAACACAAAGAGCCGUACGAGGGCCUGAAGCUGCAAGACCUUCGUCGGUUAAAGGACAUGCUGAUCGUGGAGACGGCCGACAUGUUGCAAGCGCCCCUCUUCACUGCAGAGGCCUUGCUGAGAGCGCACGACUGGGACAGAGAGAAGCUGCUGGAGGCGUGGAUGUCAGAUGCCGAGGGCUGCUGCCAGCGCUCGGGCGUGGCCAUGCCUACGCCGCCGCCCAGUGGCUGUAACGCCUGGGACACGCUGCCCUCGCCCCGCACCCCCCGUACGCCACGGUCGCCCGUCACGCUCACCUUCACUUCCCCCACCGACAGCUGCCUCACGCCCGCCGACGAGGGCAUGGCCACGUGCGGCAUCUGCCUGUGCUCCAUCUCCGUCUUUGAAGAUCCUGUGGACAUGUCCUGCGGCCACGAGUUUUGCCGAGCCUGUUGGGAAGGGUUCCUGAACGUGAAGAUCCAGGAGGGUGACGCCCACAACAUCUUCUGCCCCGCCUACGAAUGCUACCAGCUGGUGCCUGUCCACGUAAUCGAGAGCGUGGUCUCCCGGGAGAUGGACCAGCGCUACCUGGAGUUUGACAUCAAGGCCUUUGUAGAGAACAAUCCGGCCAUCCGCUGGUGUCCGGCGGCGCGCUGCGAGAGGGCCGUGCGACUCACCCGGCCCGGCCCGGGCGAGAGCGACCCGCACGGCUUCCCGCUGCUGCCCUCCCCGGCCGUCGACUGCGGCAAGGGCCACCUCUUCUGCUGGGAGUGCCUCGGCGAGGCCCAUGAGCCAUGCGACUGCCACAUGUGGAGGAACUGGCUCCAGAAAGUCACAGAGAUGAAGCCCGAGGAGCUGGCAGGUGUGAGCGAGGCUUACGAGGACGCUGCCAACUGCCUGUGGCUGCUGUCCAACUCCAAGCCCUGCGCCAACUGCAAGUCCCCCAUACAGAAGAACGAGGGCUGCAACCACAUGCAGUGUGCCAAGUGCAAGUAUGAUUUCUGCUGGAUCUGCCUGGAGGAGUGGAAGAAGCACAGCUCAUCAACGGGAGGCUACUACCGCUGCACGCGCUACGAAGUUAUCCAGCAGCUGGAGGAGCAAUCCAAAGAGAUGACAGUCGAGGCGGAAAAGAAGCACAAAAGCUUCCAGGAGCUGGACCGCUUCAUGCACUACUACACUCGAUUCAAGAACCACGAGCACAGUUACAAGCUGGAGCAGAAACUGCUGAAGACGGCCAAGGAGAAGAUGGAGCAGCUGAGCAGAGCUUUCAUUAGUCGUGAGGGUGCCCCGCCAGACACGCGCUUCAUCGAGGAUGGCGUCAGCGAGCUGCUGAAGACGCGGCGCGUGCUCAAGUGCUCGUACCCGUACGGCUUCUUUCUGCAGCAGGGAAGCACGCAGAAGGAGAUCUUUGAGCUCAUGCAGACGGACCUGGAGAUGGUCGUGGAGGACCUGGCGCAGAAGGUCAACCGCCCCUACCUGAGGACGCCGUGCCAUAAGAUUGUCAGCGCCGCCCGCCUGGUCCAGCAGAAGCGGCAGGAGUUCUUGGCGUCUGUGGCCCGCGGUGUGGCACCCAACGACUCGCCCGAGCUCCAGCGAAGGAGCUACGCCGGAGGAUCGUGGGAUUGGGAGUACUUGGGCGUCGCCUCUCCUGAGAUGGGAAGUCGCCACUCUGUGCUGGCAGCAGGAGACCAAAGAGACCGAGCAUCACAGGAUUUCUCUGACAUUCAGUAUCGCCGGCGGCACCGAGCACGACGCAGGGGAGACAUGCUGAGUCUGCACAAUCUUCGGAGCAGCAGCAACACGCCUGAAAGCAGCAGAAGGAGCGACAGCACAGAUGGCCCAGAGAGGAGCGAGGGCCAGCGUAGAGCGCUGGGCUCCCUGGACGAGGACGACCCCAACAUCCUGCUGGCCAUUCAGCUGUCCCUUCAGGAGUCUCGGCGAGAGCGAGCCCCCGAGGGCAGCCCCGACUCGGAGCGCAGCCGAGAAGGUCCCCUCCCCAGCGAUUUCCAAGCAGGAGCGACAAGGGGCUCGCAUUCCCACACCGACCCUCCACGCCCUCCCCACAGGACAGACCCCUUGUGUUGUUCUUCUUCAGCUCCGUUGUCCACCACCUUACCCCUCCCUCCUCCGCCUCCUCCGCUCAGCGCCGAGCUGCUGAAGCUGGGGGACAGCCUUAUAAAACCCGGGAACCCAGCGCCUCCCAGUGCGGACCCUCGGAGUCACUGCCGCGGAAGCGCCCGUCCGGCCGAGCCUGAACACACUGCCCGCGAGAGUCCGACCGACUACGCGAUCCGACGCCCCCCCGCCCAGUUGUGCCUGCCGUCUCCGGAGCUUGAACCCGAGCUGCUGCUCCUGUCACCUGUUAUCCCGCCAGGGGGGCCGUUCACGCCCAGUGACCCGCAGAGCCUGGAGGCCCUGGAUCCCGCUGCCAGCGCCCAGCUGCUGGACAACAUCAUGGCCUGGUUCAACCACAACAUCACCCCACAGAACAACCCUCAGAGCCUGGCCCUCAUCCCCUCGCCACCUACCACCGAGAGUGACUCAUCCCCAGACGUGCUCACGGAUGCGGGCGCCGAGAACGUCGGCGCCUGGCAGCCCCCGGAGGGCCAGCCAGACACGCUGCCACACUCUUGCCCAAGCAGACCCAGCACGCUGGAGCUGGACAACAGAGCAGCCCAGGAAGAGGAGGAGCAGAGUGGCGCAGGGGCAGUGGAUGCAUCCCCUUAUGGAGAUGGCGCCCCAGACUCUGACCUUGUCCUCCAGCUGGAGGACGACCUGUCCCCGGUAGAGUGGGAGGAGAAAGUCCACCUGGUGUGAUCUUAUAGAAGAGAGCUGCGUGUAUUGUGAUGAUUCUCACUAUUAUCUCCUGAAACCUCGGUUCACAAACAAGAUAUUUUGCUUCGCUUUACAAACAUUGCACGUCACCUUUCUCACAUGGAGCUAUUUCAUUUUUUAUUUCAUCCACAUUCUGGCUCCUCUAAAACAAAUGCAAAGAGCACAUGACAGUGCACUUUGGAAGUCAAAUCAAAUUAGUGUUGGAAAACGGAGGAAUUAAUAGCUAAAGGUGGCAAUGGUGUUUGUAUUCCUGAGCUUCAGAAUAGUUUAUAUAUUUUUGAGAAAAAACAAAAAAAAUUAUCAUAACGUAGGGCUGAAACCCAUGAAUUCCAUUAAUUUGUGAACCAAGGUUUAUUCUGAUUCUAAUGAUUUAUCUAAUGAAGGAUGUGAAGCAUGCAGCAAAGCUGUCGCAGGCAGGUUUUUUCAAUUUUUUUUUAUUUAGGUUUGUUUAAAAAUCAAAACAAAUCACAGCAAAGCUCUCGGUCACAUAAAAUGCUGCACAUUGUUUUAAUUUAUUCCCGUUAUUAGUCCACGUACAAUCAAGCUGUUGUUUUUUAAUCUGGAAGAGUUUUUCUCUUAUAUUUAUUUUACUUCAUAUUUCCAGCUAUAACAAAAUUAUUUUAAUUAGAAUGGUUGUUUAUACAUGACGGUGUCCAUUUUAGUUUACGCAAAGCGUUGUGGCGUCUUUUUUCUUUUACCUACGAACGUUCAGUGCCUUGAAAGGCCCACAUGCACCCAAGAUCUCUCCAUUUGUGUCAACGUUGCAUCCAAAAACAGGCAGAUGGCGCUCUAACGCCUAUAAAUGUAUUGGCCAAUGAGAAACCUGAAGAACACUAUUUCUGGAAGACAAAAAUGACAAUAGUAUAAUAUACAUGGCACCGUAAAAAGUAACAAUUUUCUCGUCUACAGCCCAAAAAUCUAUUUUUGAAUGCAUGUGUUUGUACCAGUAAGGCAUCUGUGUUGAUUUGCGUCACUAAAUAUGGUUAUUCACUUUUUGGUGUACAUUCAAGGUUUUUUUUUUUUUUCAAAAUAUUCAUCUACGUGAGCAGUGUAUGCCAAAGCAACAGUUGGCGCUGUAACUCCUGUAAAUGGAGGUUUUGUCCGAUUAGCCAUUUCAAGAAAAGGCACAAAAACUGAAAUAACACCUAUGUCAAUCUUUCUUGGAAAUGUGAACAAUGUUUAAAAGUUUUUGGGAUAUUAUUUUGUUGUAUUUUCUCCAAUACCUGUCUUUCUGUAGACAUGGCCUCAAGUGUUCAGUGGUGUUUUGGUGCUUGAAUCCAAACAAUCUUUUUUUUUUUUUUUUUUUUUUUUUGGGCCCCGCCUCCCCAAAAAAGGGGGUCCAACAAUCCUGCUGUAGCUUUUGAAGCUAACAUUACCAUUAGUUAGCGUACUGUACAAUCAAGAGGGCCUCAUUUUGAUACUGGACCUUCAAGCACACUGUGCCUGCAGGAGAUAAACACACACUGGGUUUGCUGUUUUGUUAAUGUUUUUUCCCCCAUUUUUGUUUGCCAACAGAUCCACGACCUAGAAAUACCACAGUUACAAGACCAGCCAUUUUUUUUUUGUGGAGGCUAGUGUCCAUUUCCCAAGUGCCAUCCAUCUUCAUCUACACAAUUGCCAUUGGUGGAGUAUUUUGAUUGUAGCAUUUUUUUUAAGACAGAUGUCAGUGUUGCCACACAGUACCACAUUUUGUCACUGCUUUUAGAUUUGCAAGAUUAAAAAUUAAGCUGUCAGUUUUUUUAAUUUUUUGCCUCUGUACUAAAAUGAUAAUGUUGUUAAUUGACAUACUUUUGUCUGUGUGCCUUCUUUAAAAGUUAAUUUCCUGUGUGCUUUUUUUUAAGCUAUUGUUUUAAAUCAGAAUUUGACACUUGAGAUUGCAGUGGGCCACAAUAUUCCUUCACGCCCCUGACUUGAACUUUUGGGACCAAUCAUGUAGCCUCAAAAAUGUUUUUCGACGUCAAAAUACAAUUCCGUGCUUUGAUUUCCUAUUAAUGAAGCUGGCAAAUUUGGGGAUUAGGAUGUGGAAAUCAAUGAGAAAUGUUAAGUUCCAUCAAGAACAUAGGCAGCACCGCCCUCUCAUGACUGGGGAUUUUUGUCUGUUAAAGUGACAUCGGUUAAAAUAUUUCAUCCUGCCUUUGCUGAUUUUUCUAUGGUAAUUUGGUAACAGUUAUUUUGCGAAACCUCAAAUGUAACAGUAAAGUCAUUUCACGCUCACCUAUGAUACUUGAUACAUUCCCACUCGCAUCCAUAUGAAUAGUUCUUCAAGGUGUGGCUUAAAAUAAAAAAGUGUCAAAUGAAAGUUUACAUUCAAUUAAAAAAAUGCUCCAAGAUG